AUGGAGGCGGUUCUGGACUCUUUCUCCGCCCUGGACUCUUUCUCCUUCCACGACCACUUCUUCUCCGAGCAGGUGGACCAGGUGGACCAGGUGGACCAGGUGGACCAGGUAGACCACAUGGAGCAGAUGGAGGACGAGAUGGACUUCCUGUCCGAGGACUACCAGUACUACGCGGACCUGACCGACCUGUCCUUGUCCUCCUCCUCCUCGUCCUCGUCCUCGUCCUCACCGGCUGCGUGUCUGAAGCGGCGGCGGCGGACGCGCUCCGACACGGAGACUCUGCAGCUGCGUCAGGCCGCCAACGUGCGCGAGCGCCGCCGCAUGCAGUCCAUCAACGACGCCUUCGAGGGGCUGCGCGCGCACAUCCCCACGCUGCCCUACGAGAAGAGGCUGUCCAAGGUGGACACGCUGCGUCUGGCCAUAGGUUACAUUAACUUCCUGGCUGAGUUGGUGCGAUCAGACCUGCCAGUCCGCAAUCAGGGCACAGGAGGAGACACGCACGCGCAGCCCAAGAAAGUCAUCAUCUGUCACCGCGGGACAC